AGUAUAUUUCAGUUAUUCUGUAUAAACAGAAGGAGUAUAGAAGAUAGUAAACAUUUUCAAUUUUUUUCGAGUACAAAUUUAAUAUAUUACAAGAAUAAUUUUCAAGAUGGGAACUAAAGCGCAGAAAACGGAAUCAACUGAGAAUUUUAUAAGUGCAUGGAGAGAAGAAGAAAGUCUGUGGAACGUAACUUUGACAGUUUAUAAAAACAAAGAUGCAAAGGCUAAAAGUACUAGAAUUUUGAUGGGAAAAUGCACCAUGGAAGAGGGUGAUGUGAAAAGAAAGAUAAAUACUCUACGAAGUUAUUAUUCAAAAGAACUCCAAAAAUCAAUACCAAAAAGUGGAGCGGGUAGAGAUGAAAUUUACGAGUCAAAGUGGCCUCAUUUUCAAUCUAUGGCAUUUUUACGGGACACAAUCAUUCCAAGAAAAACAACAUCCUCUCUGGCAAGCGUAUUUUUAUUUGCUUUUUAUAAUAUACUUAUCUAA